CUUUGCCCGGGUUCCGCGCCGCGGCCCGAGCGCUCGUUGCUCCGGCCGCCGCUGCAGCUGCCGCCGUUCCUGCCGCCGCCCGGUCAUGGCCUGGCUGGGGGUAGAGGGCGAGGACGCCGGCCCUCUGGCCGGACUGUGGCAGGCCUUACUGGCGGCGUUGGCAGUCGCCCUCAUGACCUGGCUGUGGUACGGGGGUGGCGACGGCCCGCAGGAGGUGGCCGAGGAACCCAAGGGGGAGACGCGCGGAGCCGAAGAACCAUUUCAGAGAACCAGUGAAUGCAUCCUUUCGGAAACAAAACCAAGGGAUGUGUCCAGCCCCCAGGAGCCAACAGAGAACCAGUUAACGCCCCCAGGAGAACACCAUACCCCUGAUGUUCUCAUAGAGCCUCCUGAAAUAGAACCAGUGGUCCAAGAGCCUGUAAUCCCAUUAAUGAACUAUUCAGGAUAUCUAAGGAGCGAAGCAUCCGGUCACCCGAACACAGCCUCUGAACCAUCCCAAAGGCAUGAAAUUGAAGUGCAUGGUGGGAGGACUUCAGCCGAAGCAGACAACUCUGGUGACAAGCCUGAGGAGAAACUCAAGGAAGACCUGUGUCCAGACACUGUGGAUCACCAGGAUCCUGAGGCCACCAGGAACGCUAGUGCAGGUGACAUUGGCAACAAGGACUUGGAGCAAGUUAAGAGAAUUGUGGCAGUGCCUCCCAUGCCUCAGACUGUCCAUGUGGUCUUCCGCGUCCACUACAUUACUCAUUUGGAAGCCCAGCUGAUCGCCAUCACUGGUGACCAUGAGUGUCUAGGCCAGUGGCACCAUUAUGUACCCCUCAGGUGUGACAAAGAUGGCUUCUGGUCAGACUCUGUGGUCCUACCGUUUGAUACCAGAGUUGAGUGGAAGUUCAUAUUAGUGGAGAAUGGCAAGGUGGUGCGAUGGGAAGAGUGCGCCAACCGGUCGCUAAUAACUGAACAUGAAGAUCAGGUGGCUCAUAAGUGGUGGGGGUAUCAUUGAACAGGGUCUCCAGUUUUAUUCCAUUCAUUCACAGGAGUUUACUGCUCUGUCUCUUAUCUACCUAU